UUACAGACGAUCUUUGUCAGGCUGGUAUUUGCUCUCCUCCAUCAUCAAACGGCCCAAACCGCAGACCGACUGAGCAGGGAGCAGAGGAGUGUACUUCGCCGAAUAUUACUACAAAUAACGCUGGGAAAUUACGCUUUUCUGUCGUGUUAUUAUGGUUGGGAUUUGGAAUUUAACUUCUACGAUGAAAUAACGUCGAAAGGACCGGUACAUUCACAGAGGAAUUAAGAGAAAAGGGAGAAAAAGACCGGUGGCUGCGAUGUUGGUCUGAAUCCAACCAGCUUCCUCUGCUUCAACACUACAUUUCCCAUGGGGCCGUGCAACGACACGCACACUGUUGUACCAUGGAGCCACCAGUCAGGGUUUUGGAGCCAGAGAGCCAGUGAGACAGAAGAGGACCUGAUAUUGUGAGAUCUUCAUCAUCCGAAAGACUUUCUGUCGGGACUCGUCUAGCGGACUAGCCCCUGAUCCCAGAGCAACACCCCCUCCGUUCUGGUCCAGUCCGGGCCCAGUUCUGGUCCAGUCUCAGUCCCAGUCUGCGCUGCAGGAUGGCAGGUCUGCCCCUCUGUUUGGCUGUGAUGGCCACCACGCUCCUCCUCACCCUCAGAGCCCACGCUGCAGGUCAGAAUCCGGACCACGUCCUGCAGGGGACGGGGGUGAAACCUGAGGCUCGGCGGCCCGGCGAGGAAUCGACCAUUGCUCCUGAGGACGCCGCCCGUUUCCUCAGCUGCUACUGCUCCGGACACUGUCCUGAGGACGCCACCAACAACACCUGCCAGACCAACGGUCAGUGUUUCGCCAUCAUUGAGGAGGAUGAGCAAGGCGAGGCCAUCCUCACCUCCGGCUGCAUGAAGUAUGAAGGCUCACAAUUCCAGUGCAAGGACUCUCCCAACGCUCAGACCAGGAGGACCAUCGAAUGCUGCAACACCGACUUCUGCAACAGAGACCUGCAGCCAACGCUGCCUCCUCAGGCUCCCGCCGAAGGCAGCCCCCACUGGCUGGCCUUCCUCAUCUCCAUGACGGUGUGCUGCUGCACUCUGAUCUGUGUCUCUGUGGUCUGUUACUACAGGUAUAAGUGGCAGAGUGAGCGUCAGCGGUACACCAAGGAUCUGGAGCAGGAAGUCUUCAUCCCCACUGGAGAGUCACUCAAAGACCUCAUCCACCAAUCACAGAGCUCCGGCAGCGGCUCCGGACUCCCCCUGCUGGUGCAGCGAACCAUCGCCAAGCAGAUCCAGAUGGUGCGUCAGAUUGGGAAGGGGCGGUACGGCGAGGUGUGGCUCGGCCGCUGGCGGGGAGAGAAGGUGGCCGUCAAAGUCUUCUUCACUCGAGAGGAAGCCAGCUGGUUCAGAGAGACGGAGAUCUACCAGACGGUCCUGAUGAGACACGAGAACAUCCUCGGCUUCAUCGCAGCCGACAUUAAAGGCACGGGGGCCUUCACGCAGCUCUUCCUCAUCACGGACUACCACGAGAACGGCUCUCUGUACGACUACCUGAGGCUGACCACGCUGGACACGCAGACGCUGCUGCGGCUGGCGUACUCGGCCGCCUGCGGCCUCUGCCACCUGCACACAGAGAUCUACGGCACGCAGGGCAAGCCGGCCAUCGCCCACCGAGACCUGAAGAGCAAGAACAUCCUGAUCAAGAAGAACGGCGCCUGCUGCAUCGCCGACCUCGGCCUCGCCGUCAAGUUCAACAGCGACACCAACGAGGUGGACGUCCCCCUGAGCACGCGGGUCGGGACGCGGCGCAACAUGGCCCCCGAGGUUCUGGACGAGAGCCUCAACAAGAACCACUUCCAGGCGUACAUCAUGGCCGACAUCUACAGCUACGCACUCGUCAUCUGGGAGAUGGCCAGACGCUGCGUCACCGGAGGUAUGGUGGAGGACUACCAGCUGCCGUACUACGAGAUGGUUCCCUCUGAUCCGUCGUAUGAAGACAUGCUGGAGGUCGUGUGUGUCAAAGGACUGCGGCCCACCGUGUCCAACCGCUGGAACAGCGACGAGUGCCUUCGGGCCAUGCUGAAGCUGAUGUCCGAGUGCUGGGCUCAUAACCCCGCCUCCCGCCUCACCAUCCUCCGAGUGAAGAAGACGCUCGCCAAGAUGGUGGAGUCGCAGGACAUCAAGAUCUGACCGCCGCCCGCCGCUCUUCACCUGCCGCAAAAACACCAGGACGAGAUUCUAAAAACUAUUAAAAAAAUAAUAUUAACAAAGGACCCGUUUUCAGGGCGGAAACCGUACAAACGCGGCUUCAAACAUUCAUUCAAGGUUC